GACGAAGAAGAAUACUAACUUGUGACCUAUCGUCCACAAUACCUCAAUUUAAACCACUAAGCCGAGACAUCUUGGUUAUUGAGUAAUGAUUUAUCCAUUUGUAAAUGGUAAUAUCCGAGGGGAGUAUGUGGGUUCUACAUACACACGGCACACUUUUCAUUGACCCCUCAAAUUUACCAUUUUCUGCAAAAUAGUGUCUUUCUUUCUCUUCCUCCCGCUCAAACUUCCCCUGUUCCAUUCCACUUCUGAUCACUCCCCAGUCCCCCUCCUCAUCUUCCUUACUCUCACACUUUCUUCUCCCACUAUCUUUUCUCUAUUUCUCUCUCCUCUCUUCCACCAAAAAAAUCAAAACAACAGUACUACCGAAAUGUUUCACAUUGUAUUUGCCUCACUAGUUUGAUACAAUGUUCUUACUUCCUCUACUUUGAUCACUCCAAAAUUUCCGAUUUUCUCCCAAAAAAAAAACUCACUAGGGUUUUUCUCCGCCUUUGGUUUCCGGUAAAACCCAGUUGGUAAAAUUUUUAAACUCUGAUAAAGUUCUCAUUUUUUAACCAGGGUUUUGUGGGGGUUUAGUUUUCCCUACAUUUUGAUUAUUUUUGUUAUUGUUGGUUUUCCAGUUUGAAGGUUGACGCUAAUACUUGACAGAGGGUUGAGUUGGUGUCAUUUCCAAAAAUGAAACAUUCUAACUACGAUAUAAGUGAAUCAGAACUGGAUGAUUAUGUAGUUGAUGUGUAUGAGCGGUUGAAGGAUCGAGUAUAUAAAGUUAGGGUAUCAACAAACAGAUUUAGGUGUCCAUUUUGUGGGGAGAGGGAAAGAAAGGAUUAUUUGUUUGAUGAUAUUGUGCAACAUGCUAGGAGAGUGGGAAAAGGCUCUAGGAGAGAUGGUCUGAAGCUAAAGGGGAAGCAUAUUGCACUUGAGAAGUUCUUGCUUAAGUACUACAGUCCAAGAGUAUCAUCAGGACCUUCUAGACAAAGCAUUUCACAGGUUAAUCGCAAUGACGAUGAGAAAUUUGUCUGGCCAUGGAAAGGCAUUGUGGCUAACAUUCCUGUUGAACUUAAGGAUGGAAGAUAUGUUGGGGAUAGUGGAAGUAAGUUGAGAGAUGAACUUGCAAGGAAAGGUUUUAACCCUUUGAAAGUAAGACCUUUGUGGAGUCCUAAAGGCCACUCUGGAUUUGCUAUUGUGGAUUUCAAUAAGGAUAUUCUGGGAUUUGACAAUGCAAGAUCAUUUGAAAAGGACUUUGAGUUAAGUCACUGUGGUAAAAAAGAGUUUAAUACAACAAGGUCUCGUGGAGAUAAACUCUUUGGAUGGAUGGCAAGGGAGGAUGACUAUAACUCUAGUGGUCUUAUUGGGAAGCAUCUGCGUGACAAUGGGGAUCUCAAGACAUUGGCUGAUAUUGAAUCUGAGGAUAAGAGGAAGGAUCAAAGCUUAGUUUCAAAUCUCGCUCAGACCCUUGUAGGAAAGGAUAAGCAAGAAAAAGAACUGCAAAACAAGCUCAGGGAGACAUGUGCUUCUUUAGAGAAGGUGAUGAAGGAAACAGAUAAAAUGACAGAGGCUUACAAUGCAGAGAUGGAAAGGAUGAGACGAGAGACAGUUAAAGUUAAGGAGAAGAUAUUGAUCGAUCAUGAGAACUUCAAGCGAGAUCUUAAAUCUCAAGAGGAGAAGCUGAAGAGACAUGAAAAUUUGUUGGAAGAAAGGGAAGCCGAUUAUGACAACAAAAUAGUCAAGCUUCGUCGACAGAGGAAACUGAAUGAGUUGGCAAGACAGGAACAAAAGCGAUCAGAACAGAAAGUAGUAAGACUUGUGGAGGAGCACGAGAGAGAAAAGGAGGCACUCCACCAGAAAAUUAUUGAUCUGGAAAAGCAGAUUGAUAAGAGGCAAGCAUUAGAGUUGCAGAUAGAGCAAUUGAAAGGUGCUGCUCAUGUUACGGAACAUAUGGGAAGGGAUGCUGAAACCCGGGAAAAGAUGGAAAAAAUCAAUAAGGAGCUAAAGGAAACAGAAGAUGAACUUGAGGAUAUCGAGGCUCUAACACAGGCUCUGAUUGUUAAGGAGAGGAAGUGCAAUGAUGAGCUGCAGGAUGCACGCAAGGAGAUGAUAUCUGGGUUGAGAGAAAGGAAAGCUGUUCGUUCUAACAUUGGGGUAAAACUAAUGGGUCUUCUUGAUGAGAAAACUAUCGGAAAUAUAGCCAAAGGAAAGUACACGAAAAAAGAAGCGCCUAUUAAAGCCAAAGAGCUGCUUUCUUUGUGCAGAGAAUACAUUGAAGAUCCCGAAUGGCAUCCCUUCAAAGUUAUUACUGAGAGUGGAGUAAACAAGGAGGUUAUAAAUGAAGAGGAUGAAAGAUUGAAAGAUUUAAGGAACGAACAAGGCGAGGAGGUUUGGCGGACUGUUACCACUGUGAUGAGCGAGCUGAAUGAAUACAAUCCUAGUGGUCUUUAUCCCGUACCAGAGCUUUGGAACUUUAAGGACGACAAAAAGGCAAGAUUGGGUGAAGCUGCAGAGUACAUAGUGAACCUAUGGAGAUCACACAAGAAGAAGAAAAUCUGACUUGCCAAUGGAUCUGAGUGUUUUUUGAGGAAACUUACAUGGUAUUUACUACUUCAGAUAACAACUUUAAAUGAUAUACUCGUAAAUGAUAGUACUGUUUGUCUCUAGUAUAUACUUUCUUGGGUGCAAACUCAUGGCUACAUUUUCUGUGAUUUGCUUCAAAUGUGUGGAAUUAUCAUGAAACUAUUUUGCGAGUAUUGACUGGCACUUGAUAUUUAAAGAACAUAA